AUGGUUCACAAGUCUUUUCUUAUAACAUGCCUUGCGGCAUUGACCAGUAUAGCGUCUGGGUCGACUACCUUAACCGCAUGCACGGCUAAUAAUUGCCUGAGAGCGAUCCGCGGGUCUGCUUUCCCCACUCGUUCGGGAACCGAAGACUGUUCUUCGUACUUCAAAGCUACUGUUACUCCUGCGACUGUAACUCUCACUCAAACCACCCCGAUUCCGUAUACUGCAUCCACAAGUGUCCAUGUUACACUUUCUACGACUCUCCCCUCUUCUGUCACCGACAUAAUUGGCACAGUCGAGACUAGCAUCAUCGACAGAACCGCCUCUACUACCAUCGAGGAAACUGCUUCCGAGACCGUCUACGAAACUUCCAUCAGUACAAUUUAUGUCACCGCUACCGCACGUAGCGAUGUCACUGCUACUGCCACCGAACAUACUACCUUCACAACCAAUGUUAACACUGUAGCCGAAACCGAUGUCACCUCGGUCCAAACCAUUGUUGACCACCGCACUGACACCCAAACCGCCUUCGAUAUCAAGACCGACGUAGCCUACAGCACCAAAACUGUUAUCACCGUCGUUGUCCAGACCCAGACCACAUCGUACACCUCGACUAAAACAGUCUAUAAGACCGCUUACGCCACUACUACCCUUUAUACCACUCUCAAACGUAGAGAUAUUGAGGCUCGCCAGGAAACCGUGUACCCCUCCGUGAUACCAGCAUACGCUAGUCCCUGUACCGGCGUUGCCCAGUACACCAGCGCUUGCUCUUGCGUGGGUGUCACUCGCACCACUAUCACGCUCCCAACCCCAACCGUUACCGUGACAGUCGGUGAGUCCUCGGCUGUCAGCACCUUCACCAGCACCAUCAUUGAUGCCACCGCUACCGAGUAUUCUACCGUUAUUGUUCCCUCGACCUCAACCAGCACGCUGACGAUCUACACCACCGUUACCACCGAAACAUUCACUGACAUUGACGCUACUGCCACAACUUAUAUCACCGAUAGCACCCAAACGACUUUUUACACCGUAGCAACAGUCACCGAAACAGUCACCAUUGCCACCGAAACCGUUGUUUUGACAGACAGCACAGCAACAAACCUCAUCACGACAAAGACUCUAACCAACGUCAUCCCCGUCACAACCAUACUCACCACAACGGACGGAACAGUCGUAAAAACAGUCAUAACUGCCACAAUCACCAACACCGUAGUCGCCAGCACCGCCACCGUACCCUCUUACACAACCACCGUAACAACCUUCACCGCCCCACCCGUUGAAUCCCAAGUCACCGUAACAACUAUCACAAACACCGUCCCCGUAACUGUGACAACAGCCUGCGCGAAUGCAAUCCCAACAUUUGCUCUCCAAGUCACUGGCGGUGGACCGUAUAACAACUAUUACAUCAGUCAAUACACCGGUUUCAACGGUGGUUUCGACAUUCGUACUCUCAUCGCCGUCCCAUCCUUUUCAGAAUCUCGUAGGUUCAUACUCCGCAACGGGGCAUUAUACGACACAGACGGAUGGGUGAUUUCGGGACCCCCUGAUUCAAAUUACCCGUAUUACUUCCAGGGCGCGCAGGAACAGAAUGUUUCGGCCAAUUGGGUCAAGUAUCCUUGCGCGAUUGUGGGAGGACAGUUGAAGUGUAGUUACGGGUCGAGGAAUGUGUAUUAUGUUUGCCCGAACGUUAGGAAUUUCCUCGAUUUGGCGGUUGCGGGGAGACCAGCGUUUAAUUGGUGUGAUGGGACGAUCAUCAGUUUGAAUGUUUUGAUGACUUGUAAAUUGUAG